AUGAGGUCAUUCAUCGCCUUCCUACUUUGCUCGAGCGCGUCUCUGGCAACGGCCUCUGCGCACCCACGCGCGGAGUCGAACACGACAACCGUGCCUCAGGUCCAGAUAAAAAAUGGCACAGUGACCGGUACACACAUACCAUCGUACAAGCAAGAUGCCUUCUUGGGCAUCCCUUUCGCCAAGCCACCGACCGGAUCGCUACGGUUCUCUCUGCCACAACCUCUGGAUAAGGCCUGGAAUAGUUCCCUCGUUGCACAAUCCUAUCCACCGAAGUGCGCUGGUUAUGGUAGCGAGCAAAUUGGAGAUUUUGAGGUCAGCGAGGACUGCUUGUAUCUGAACGUCGUCAGGCCAACUGGAUACGACGAUACCAAGUUGCCGGUUGCUGUAUGGAUACAUGGAGGAGCAUUUUCGCAGGGAGGCACAGUUGACACCUUGUACAACAUGAGCUAUAUGAUUCAAAACAGCCUCGAGUUGAACAAACCCUUCAUCGGCGUAUCGCUGCAGUAUCGUCUCAAUGCGUUUGGCUUCGUUGACAGCAAGGAAGUCAAAGAGGCUGGCGUGACGAAUCUGGGUAUCCGUGAUCAACGUCUGGCCUUGCAGUGGGUGCAGGAGAACAUUGCUGCUUUCGGUGGCGACAGCUCGAAGGUUACCAUCUUCGGCGAGUCUGCUGGUGCAGCGUCUAUCGGAAUCCACCUGACGGCAUACGGUGGUCGCGAUGACAAGCUGUUCUCUGCUGCAAUCAUGGAAUCUGGUGCUCCUCUUCUACUGGGCAGUAAGUAUAACGCCGCAGUGGAGCAGGCCAAGUAUGAUAAGCUGGUGUCUGCAACUGGAUGCUCAUCGACUUUCAACGGCACCUUGCAUUGCCUGCGCGGCCUUUCAUACGCCACGAUCAACGCCGCAUUGAACGGGACAGCCGCAGGAUCAUUCUUUCCGUACGUAGAUGGCGAUCUCGUCAAAGGAAGUCUGUACGAUCAGCUGGAGGCCGGAGCGUUCGUGAAGGUUCCCAUCAUUGCGGGUACGAACAGCGAUGAAGGAAUCUUCACAGCCCUAGGUGUCAACAUCAACACUGACGCCGAGUUCAAAAAUCGCGCUGCAGCCUAUGGCUCCAACUCCACAGUUCCGUUCCUCGAGGUGCUGUAUCCCAACAUCAAUGGCGUUGGCGUACCCGAGAUCUGGACCGUACCGCCACCGGGCCGCGGGUCUCAAACAAAGCGCUGGGCUGCACUGUCCGGCGACUACACAUUCGUUGCGCCGAAAAGACUGACCUGUCAAUCUUGGUCCAAGCAGAAUGUCACAGCAUACUGCUACCGCUUCAACGGCGAGGUGGCGAACCUGCCUGGAUCCACGCAUUUCGUCGAGGUACCCUACGUCUUCUACAAUCUCCAGCGCAUGGCUUUCGUAGGUGGCGCAGACGCGGUGCCGGCUAGCUAUCGCGAUACCGCUAAGAUGAUGAGCAACAUGUGGGUGUCGUUCUUCACCACACAGGAUCCCAAUGGACAUGGCGUGCAGGGCGCUGCAGAGUGGCCAAGGUAUGAUGAUGGCGCGGGAGGAUAUGGGCAGAACUUCGUGUUCGAGGUCAAGAGAGCCAGCAGAGUGGAGCGGGAUAGCUGGAGGGCGGCUGGGAUCGCGUACCUGAACUCCGUGUUUGGAAGUCAGUACGGCAAGUGA